AUGUCGACCUUGAGCCACUUGCUGCUCGUGUCAUCCUUGGUGUCUCUGGCACUGAGCUUGCCUUUCUACCCGACAACAUGCUACUCCAAAGCUCUGAGCAUGAAGCGGGAGCUCACCCAGAUGGCAGCAGAUCUGAAGAGACACCCUGAAACUACUUACUGCAUGUCUCACAUGCCGGAACUUUACCUCGACAUCCAUAACGCUUGUGUGAUGUACAAACUGUGGAGCUACAUCUCUCUGGUGGAAGGUCUCCGACAGCGGCGCUGCGCCUACACCAGAGAAGUCAGGAAGCUGGAAUACGGACUGCGACAGCUCUUCAUCAUCUUGGGGGAGAAAUGUCACGGGGACUUGUUGUUCCGAGUGUUUGACUGUGCUGCCCUGGAGCGCUGA